AUGGAGUUCUCCGUUGCCGGCGUGAGGCGCUGCAGAGAGAUCAGCAACGCCCGCGGCGGAGAGGAGCUUCGGUCGUCGGCGGACAUGGGGCUACGGUGGGGAAAAAGAGGGGCCGAGGCCAUGGGGCGGCUCUCUGGAGCAUGGGGGAUGCGGUGGUGGAGGAACGGCGAGGGGAGCUCGGGAUCACCGGAAUCGGGCGAGACCCGAGGCGACGGCUAUGGCGACGGUGGAGGGUCAGUUGCAGCAAUAUCAGAAGCCAGUUACAGUCGGAAUAAGCCUGAAGAGCAAGUUAACCUCAGUGAGGGCACUAGUCCCUCUGGUAGCUAUGAUGAGGGGAGUAGGAGCACUCCCAGCAACUUUCCUAAGGCAGCUACUAGGCAAAGAAAGAAGAGAAAUUCUGACAGUGAAGAUGAAGACUUUGUGAUUGAGGAGGAAGUGACCUCCAAGAAAAAGGUGCUCAAGAAAGAGUAUGCUGCUGCCACCAAACCUGGACUGCAGAAGAAAGCUCCACCUAGGAGAGCUCCAAUGUCCAAAGUCAGAGCCUCAACCCAUGAAACCAUGAAGUUUACUUUGGAACAAUCUGAUGAAGAGGCUUCUGAGGGAAAUAAGAAGAUAGCUAGAUCCACUACUGCAAAGGUGCUAGGAAGACCUUCCAUGAGGGAAGAUGAUGAUGAUGAGGAGGAGGAGGAAGAGCGUGUUGCACCUUCUGCCAAGACACAAAAGCUGAUGGGGGAUGCUACUAGGACUGGUGCUCCUCCUCCCAAGCCCAAGUCUGCUCCCAAACCUGCUGCACCCAAGCCUAUGUAUCUAGCUCAAGCACCCAAGACAACAACUCCAAAGAGACCAGCAAGGAAUAUCUUAGCUGCAGAGAAGAACAAGGCCCCAGUGCCUGAAGUUCAGGAAGAUGAUGAGCCACUAGUGCUCAGGAAACUGAAGUCCAAAAUCCCAGAUCAUAAUGAUGAUCAUCCUGUGGCAGAGAAUAUGAAGUUGAGAAAGGAUCAUGGUCUGAGACUGGAGGCUGAAUGA